UCCCCAAAAUAUUCAUUCUGCUUUCUCUUUCCUUCCAAUCCGUCUUUCGUACACUUCCGGAAAUUCUCUCUCACACUCUCUUUCCUCUUUCUGCGUUUUUACUCAAUCUCUGAAGCCAUGGCUGCCGCACCUAAAACUGUGAAGAAGGUUACUGCUCCGAAGAAAGCCGCUGCGGCUAAGUCCUCUCCAUCUCAUCCUCCUUACAUCGACAUGAUUACAGAGGCCUUGGUUUCACUCAAGGAGAGAACCGGAUCAAGCCACUACGCAAUCGCCAAACACAUAGAAGAGCAGCAGAAGGUGAAGGACCUCCCUCCUAACUUCAAGAAGCUUCUGUUCAACCAACUGAAGAAAUGCGUCGCAUCAGGAAAGCUCGUAAUGGUGAAGAAAUCCUUCAAACUACCAUCUGCCGCGUCGAAGAAGUCUUCAUCUCCAGUAGCCGCCCCAGCCGCCGCUGAAAAGGUAAAGGCGAAGCCAAAAUCAAAGGAAGUGGCAGAGAAGAAGCCAGCGAAGAAGGAGGCCGCAGCUAAACCUAAGGCUGCGGCAGCGAAACCUAAAGCUGCUGAGAAACCAAAAGCAGCACCGGUGAAGAAACAAAAGGUUGCAGCGAAGUCUCCGGCAAAGAAGGUUGCGCCAGUGAAAGCUAAGAAGUUGAAGAGUAUCAAAUCGCCGGCGAAGAAAGCUACCGCCGUGAAGAAAACCGUGCCGAUGAAGAAGGCUAAGAAGUGAAUCAAACGCUGUCGUACUGCUUGAUUAGUGCUCGUGAGUUGUAAAUUUGUCGAUAGGGUUAAUGAUUGUGGAAUAGAGAAGGAUGAUGAUAACUUCUUAGUAGUGGAAAAUUUCUAGGGUUUGUAGAAAACUCGACUUAAUUACUAGUUUGGUUUGUUUUUGGAAUUAGGUUUAUGAUUAGAUUUCCUAAUCAUUUUACCCAGUUUAGGUUUAAUCCUUGUUUUUCUUCUUCAAUUUCAAUAUAAAAUUUAAGUUCGCCUAAUUUUGAUUA